AUGUCCGACCCCGAUGUUGAUCCUCCACGAGGAAUGCGCGAGUCUGUUCCAAAGGAUACAACAUCCUCACAUCACUCGGUUGAUCUGCAAGAGCAAGAGGAAUGGACCGCAAAAACAGCCGAAAGACAAUAUUAUCGUCGUGAUGCCAUGUUCAUCAAAAGGAGUCUACGACCUAGCGAAUACAUGACUACAAUCAAAGGGAACCCUCACAUCCCACGGCUAGGAAAAGAAAGACUCCAAAACGAGGCCGAGGCUCUACGAUUUAUCCGCCGUGUAAGCGACAUCCCCGUUCCGACUGUGUACGGUUCAUUUGAAGUGGACGGUUCCUACUUUCUCAUCACGCAAUACAUCGAUGGUGUUGGCAUGUCUGAGCUUCCAAAAGAUCAGAAAGAGCUCGUAUGGCCUGAGAUCAGUCAGCAUCUUAAGACUCUUUAUGAGAUCAAGUCACCCAGAAUCGGCGGGCCUUCUGGGAUCGUGAUUCCCCCAUAUCGGGUUAUGGACUGUACUAAGAAUGACUCCUGGACCCUGAAGUUAGCUGAGACCCCGGAGUAUGUUUUCUGUCACAAUGAUCUUUCUCAGCACAACAUCAUCAUUGAUCCAGUGACGCUGAAGAUCAACGCCAUCAUAGAUUGGGAAUAUGCAGGUUUCUUCCCAGAACACUUCGAAGCACCAUUCUACAAAAGACGUGGUCCUUCGGUUGCAUUAGAUGGUGAACCGGAUGAUGUACCGGAGUUACUUCGAUUUCUCAAUUCCCGUUCGACAUUGGUUGAAUGA